AUGAUGUCAAUUGAAACUGUUGUUUUGGGAAUUCACAGAGUCAAUGAUUUGAAGACUGGUACGCUGAUAGGAAUUGACAAAUAUGGAAACAAAUACUAUGAAGACAAAAGAAACUUCUUUGGUCGACACAGAUGGGUAAUCUAUACUAACGAAAUGAAUGGCAAAAAUACGUUUUGGGAAGUUGAUGGAAGUAUGGUGCCCCCCGAAUGGCAUCGCUGGCUUCACUCAAUGACGGAUGACCCUCCAACUACGCAUCCACCAGUCGCUCGUAAAUUUAUCUGGGAGAAUCACAAAUUCAAUCUGAGUGGCACUCCCGGACAGUACGUACCUUACUCUACUACUCGCAAGAAGAUACAAGAGUGGAUCCCACCUACAAGGGCUAGCAAAUAACGACGACAAAAAAUGUGACUUGCCUCAGCUUUGGCUUUCAGUGUAAAUUGUAUUUUCACUGGGUUUGUUCAAAAUAAAAGCCUCCUAUGA